CAGGUGCAGAAGGUGAUGCCCAACGACAGCUUCUACUUCUCCAUCGUGCGCGACCCGGCCACGCUGGGCGAAUCCUCCUUCUCCUACUUCCGCGCCGCCGCCCCGGCCUUCCGCAAUUCCCCCUCCCUGGACGCCUUCCUGGCUCACCCCACCCUCUUCUACCGGCCCGGGAUCCGCGGGAAUCACUACGCCAGGAACCUCCAGUGGUUCGACUUCGGCCUCCCCGACGAUCCCAAGGAUCCCCGGGAGAUCCGGGAAUCCCUGGAAAAGCUGGAUCGCACCUUCUCCCUGGUCCUGCUGGCGGAAAACUUCGACGAGUCGCUGGUCCUGCUGCGGGAAGCCCUUUGCUGGCCGGAGGAAUCCGUGGAUACCUUCGCCCACAAUUCCCGCCCUCACCCCAAGGAAUCCCGGGGCGUCUCCUCAUCCCAAGCCGAGCGGCUCCGAGCCUGGAACCGCCUGGAUUGGGAGCUCUACUCCCACCUCAACCGCACCUUCUGGCGGCGGGCGGAAUCCUUCGGCAUCGCCCGGCUCCGGCGCGAGGUCCGGCGGCUCCGGGAGCGCCGGGAGAGCUUGGCCAGGAGGUGCCUGAGGGGAGGGGGGCCCGUCCCGGCCAAGGCCAUUCCCGACGGGAGGCUCCGGCCUUUCCAGCCCCCCGGGGGAGGGAAUAUCCUGGGAUUCUCCGUCCGGGCCGGGCUGGAGCCCGAGGAGCGGGAAAGGUGCGUCCGGAUGGCGACGCCGGAGCUGCAGUACAAGGAUCUGCUGGACAGGAGGCAGUUCGGGGGCAAAAACGACUCCAAGGGGGGAUGAAUUCCUGGUGGGAAUUUCAGGAGAGCCCCCCUCGGGAAUUGUGCCGGGAAAUGGGGGCGGUACGAUCCCGAAAUCCCGCUGGGAAUUCCCCCUGAAAUCCUGACAGGAAUUGGGGAAGUCCACCUGAAAUUCUGCUGGGAAUUCCCCUUUAAAUUCCAGUGGGAAUUGGGGAAUUCCCCCUGAAAUCCCAGUGGGAAUUGGGGAAUUCUGCCCUGAAAUCCUGGUGGGAAUUGGGGAAUUCCACCCUGAAUUCCCGGUGGGAAUUUCGGGAGAGCCCCCCUCGGGAAUUGUGCCGGGAAAUGGGGGCGGUACGAUCCCGAAAUCCCGGUGGGAAUUGGGGAAUUCUGCCCUGAAAUUCUGGUAGGAAUUGGGGAAUUCCCCCUGAAAUCCCACUGGGAAUUGCCCUUUAAAUUCCAGUGGGAAUUGGGGAAUUCCCCCUGAAAUUCUGGUGGGAAUUGGGGAAUUCUGCCCUGAAAUCCCACUGGGAAUUGGGGAAUUCCUCCUGAAAUCCUACCAGGAAUUUGGGAGAGCCCCUCGGGAAUU